AUGCAAUUAUUCAAAUUAAUUUCAACCGCCACAUUAGUUCAAUCAAUCUUAUGUGCUAAUUUAAAUCCAAUUGGUUUUGCAACACCUGGUGAACUUGUUGAUACAGUAAAUUUUUAUAUUAGAUUUAAUCCAAAAGAUUUAACAAAUGAAGGUACUUUUUCAAUCAAAGCUGAAAUUAAUGAUGAUAAUGUAAAAAAUAAUGAUUUUGAUAUAAUCCCAAAGGCAGAAACUAGAAUUACAUUAGCUCCAGCUAAUACUUAUACAAAGAGUACUAAUUAUUCAUCAACAAAUUUAACUCCAAAGAAAGAAAUUAAAUAUGAACGAAAAUCAUCUGAUGCAAUUUUAAGUUAUAAAUUUAAUGAUGAAGAUCAUGUUACAUAUCAAGUUUCAGGUUAUUCAAGUCCAAGAAAGAAUAUUAAUGGUACUUCAAUUGAUUUUAUUGGAUUUUUCCAACCAAAAGUUGAUAAUUCUGCUGUAAUUGAAUUACCAUUUAAAGUUUCAGCAAUUUUUGAGUGA